UCGUGAGCUAAGCACGUUCACGCAUGCGCGCGGCCGGUCGGGAACGCAUGCGACCGUUUGAAAAUGGAACAUCGGAAAGUGACAGCUAAUUUUCUUUCUUUUUUUAUCGGACAAUUUUUUAGGCAAAGAUAAAGGUUUAUACGGAUUGUGAGGAUGAUGUCAGUUUGUUUGUGUUGAUUUUCAGUGGUUAAGCUUAGUUGACUUGAGGUGUGAAGUGUGGACUGACGGUGCUCAGUGCCGCUUUUAUUUACUUUUUUUUUACAAAGUCGUUGGGACUAUUUGAACGUUGAAGGGAUUGUUUGUAUUACUGUCAACGGUCCGCAGCAACUGGCUGGCGCAACUCCCACCGCGCUAAUGAUGAAAACGGCGCGGGCGCAGAGGGACGCCAGCGAGAGCGUGCCACUGUAUCAGCACUAUCAUCAUGUAUACCAGAUUCGACCAGGGCAAAUCAACAAAAGGCGCCAGCAAACAGCGACGGGACCUCAUCAAUGCAGAGAUCGCCAACCUUCGGGAUCUUCUACCCUUACCGCCCUCAACCCGACAGCGGCUCUCACAGCUUCAACUCAUGGCCCUCGUCUGCGUUUACGUGAGAAAGUCCAACUACUUUCAACAAGUGUUCAAACGCUUUGACAUCAACCACCAACCGACACCGGCGCCAAAUUUUGGAUUUUCAAAGGCAAUGAACGGAUUUCUCAUGAUGAUGACUCAAAACGGAAAACUAUUGUACAUAUCAGAUAAUGCUGCUGAAUACCUAGGACAUUCUAUGGAGGACCUGCUAAUCCACGGGGACAGCGUAUACGACGUCAUCGACAAGCAAGACCAGCAAGCAGUGAGGACCGAGCUGUCCAGGGCGCCCGCUGAUGGAGAAGACAGGGUGUUUCUUUGUAGGAUGAACGUGGCGAGGAACGCCAGGAGACAGAUGCGGUUUGGGGAUCAGAAGGUGGUGUUAGUGCGGGGUCACUACGUGUCAUACCUCCCGCUGUGCAGCCGCAACGAGCCGGUGUUCGUGGCUGCGUGCGCGCCGCUCGCGAUGCCCGAGACGCGCGAGUGCGUGGUGCUCGGCGCCACCAACGUGUUCACCACCGUGCACGCCAUGGACAUGAAGAUACUGCACAUCGACACUAAUAGCGAGUGGCACCUUGGCUGGGAUAGGAGUUCCCUGCAUGGCGUCAGCUGGUACCAUCUCCUCCAUCCUGACUGCUGCAAGGAGGCCCAAAACAAACACCGGUUAAUAACCCAGUCGGAACAAGAGCGGUCCUGCAUCGCCUUGCUCCGGCUUCAGCGACGAGCUGGAGGCUUCCUCUGGGUCCAUGCUGUGCUGCAGCUCAAGGAUAACCUGGAGAACUCCCAGCGACCAGUCAUCGUGUGCACCAAUCAGGCUCUCAGUGAGCAAGAAGCAGCAGUGAUGAAAGCCAAUCCCUGGCUUUAUCACUACUACGCCGUCCAAUCAAAACUACACUACGGUCUAGCCUACGAAGCAGCUUCUAGAAUGUACGGCCCGCCCCCUCCAGACGUGCCGGUGUACCCUCCAACGAUGCAAUACACAGCGCCACCUGUCUGCGUCAAUGGGAACCAAGUCAUGAUGCCUAGCCCGAGCUUACAACCGCAUAUACCACAUGUGCCACCGCAUUUAACACCUAUGCAUUACGCCUACGAGAGACCAGACAACGUCCCGGUAGAUUACUCCGUGACCCUCCAAGAUAAUAGAUACCACAAUAUCAGAGUGGAAGAUACGAGGGUCCAGCCUAACGCGAAACGGAAAACGAAGAGUACAGAUGAGAAACCCAAUACUCCUAUCCCUAACAUAUCCCCUCGGUGUACACCAUCAACCGUCACAUCUGGAGACACUCUAAUCGCAGUUACAGCUGGCUCAAUAGCGAGUAGACGACCCGGCUCCAAAAACUUCAAUAUAGCAGAGACAGAAAUGGUUGAUCAAUGGAAUCCUAGUCCCACUUGGUCGGAGUCCGCCCUACAGAAAGUUCCAGACGUUUGUCAUCAGGAUUUAAGUCCGUACGUGACGACGACGCCCCCUACGCCUUCUGGGACGCCAACAGCAUACACGCACAAUUAUAGUCAUACCUUUGUGUUCGACUGGUCACCAGAACAAUACGUUCCUCAUACUAACAAUAACAAUAGAUGUAAUACAGUAACUACAGAAAGUUCCUAUCAGCAGGCAUGGGAAAGAAGCCAAAGGACCUCGUUCCCCGGCAAUGCCGAGAGCUCUGUGGAUAAGAAUUGCAAUCCUAAUAGAAUAAGCUUACCUGCAAGAGGAAAUAAUCCGCCGUCUGCGUAUAACACAUCUAGAGAGGUCGAAGUUCUUAGAAGACAAAUAGAUCAUCCGCAUCCCGACUCACCGGAUGCCAAAAAACCGGCAUUAUAACUAUAGUAUAAUUAUGUCGUAUUUUUAUUAAAAUAGUUCAAUACUUGUUACCCUACUAUGUAUAAUUAUUUUUAUAGAAAAAGCUCUGGAACUCUCCUGUGAUCUUCGUGUGUAUAAGUAUUGUAAAGUUUUAGCUAGAUUGUAAAUGUUUCUAUUUUUUCUUGUACAAAUUAUUGUAACUAUAAUUUAGAUUUACUCACAUGCAAUGUGAUUGUAUGCUGUUUAUAAAUCGGUAGUGAAUUUAAGUCCGUCCAAUAAUUAUAAGAAGAGAUGUGGAAUUUACAAAAACUGUUAAGUUGAACAAACAUUUCAGUUCUUUUAUAUACAGUAGUAGGUAUCAAUAAAAGAGGGGAGAAAAGUGCUUUAUCAACGUUUUUU